UCUUGUGUCAGCUGUUACUGAUAGGUCAAUUUUAGUUUUUAGAGGUGAUGAGGCCUCUCUAGGACCAAGUCUGUGAAAGACUGUCCUGCUUGGUUAACAAGUGGCCCUGUUGCUGUGGGGUGGCAGAUAAGAAAGCACUUUCACUAUAAAGGGGGAACAGCAGUGCAAAUUGCAGCCCCAAACCUGGAGUAAGAUUGCGUUUUAGUCUUUGCUACUGCAUGACCUCUCUCAGUACUGGUGAAAGUGACUGAGGUGUUAUUCCCCCCUAACCAGUGAGAAGUGGUCUGGAGAAGAAGGAAGUGAAAGGAAAUCAGGUCAGAAUGGUGUCACUAAGAUGCUUAUUUUUUUCCUCUGGAGAUAAGGCAGUGCAGCCCUACCAUGGCAUGGCUGGGGCAGGAGGUGUGUUUUGGGGGAACCAAGAAGGUUAGUGAGCCAUGUUCUGCUGGGGGCGCGCCCUGAGUGGAGCUUGUGAGGGGCUGUGCCAGGGGUGCCAGAAACCAGAGGAGCAACUGUCCAGUCUGGGUGGUCAGGAAUAGAUGAAGGCUGCUCAAGGCACUGCUGCCUCCCCACAGCCUUGCUGCCAUAUAAGGCUGCUCAGCUGCCUUGAGCCAGCCAGGAUGGAAGACCACUUAAAAAGGAAAAUCAAUACAAUAAACUGCCUCUGCUAGUGUCCUUUCCAAGGAAAAUCCAGGAGUCUUGCAGUUACGUGGUUUGAGCAUAGGCUGGGUAGUGUACAAACAGCCAUGUACAGGUUGCCUGGUUCCUGCCCUUGCUUGUGUGCAUGCAGUGUCACGACCUGUUAUGGAAGAAAGCCAGUUUGCUGGAGAAAAGCCUGUGGUGGGUAGAGAGCCUUCCAGUUCAAUUUUAAUGUUUAGCUAUACCUAAGUAUUUUAUUUCACAGCUUAGUAUGUUAAAGCAUUUCAGUGCACCUUUAAGCGUACAUCAUUUGGAAUAAUUCAAGAUGAGAACAGAGAUGUAGUCAUGCAUUGAUUUCCCAUUAUACUUUCUUGGCAAAUGACACACCUUGUAUUUCUUUAAUGAAGUGAAAAAAAUGUACAGUAGUUUAUGUUUAAAGAAUUUGGGGAAAACAAAUGUCUCUAUCGCAACCACCCUUGUGAUUAUUUUUCUCUUUUUUUUCUUACUAUCCACGUUUGUGUAUGUGAGCUAAGCUCAAGGAGUGUAUUACAGGUGUUUUUGCUAAAUUUCUCUAUGGAAAUUAUUUUCUCAUUGCAAACUGUUCCUUGAACUUUUUCCCCCUGGACUACUCAGUUGGAGUUUCCACGUGAACUGUAAACAACUAGUUAGUGACAUUAGUGUUGGAAAGUGGGAAAACACGUGGGUUUGGUUUUGGUUUUUGUUGGUUUUUUUUUUUGGGGGGGGGGCGUCGUCAGGGAGAAAACAAGCUGUGUACUAAUAAUGAGAAAAUUGUGCUUGGAAAGUUUUCCGUGAGUUCCCGGGCUCUGGGUCCCCGCUGAGCACCGUGUGCUGUUGGUGAAGGCUUUGGGCUGCGCAAUCCCGGGUCUGGCAGGCAGCGCAGGGGGGAGCGGAGCCACCACCGCCCUCGGCUGCGGCUGCUCCUGGACCCAAACCAGCCACUGAGCUCAUGCCUGACUCGCCCUUCCUUUUCAUUCCUUUUUUUUUUUUUCCCCUCGGUUGAACGUGGACGAGCUGCAGCCUUCGCUUGCUAACUUUCCAAAGCCCACCCGCGAGAAGGAUAGGGAACAGCCUUCCAAGGCCGGGCUCGGCUUCGCGGGGGGAGGAGGCUAUAAGCGAAGUUCGAGGCUGUAGAGCGGAGCGACGGCAACAAGAGGCUCUCCGCCUGCGGUUGCCUCGGCCGCGCUCCCGAGUCACGGCCACACGGGCUCUGGGACUCCGCCCCCGCGGGACGUGGCCGCGAGCCGCGCCUGCCGAGCGCCGCCUCUUCCCGCGGCGUGCUCUCCUCUCCCCUCCCGACGCUCCACUCGGUGCUUCCCCGCCCGACUCCUCCCGCCCCAGCGCUGCACGGUGCGCGCCCGCACUUAUGUAAGCGGCGGCAUCGGCAGCGCGCCAUGACCCAGCAGCGGGGACGCGCCGGGGCUUUCGCAGAGCGCACAGCUGCGCGAUAGUCCGCGCCGGCCCCACAAAGGGCGGGUGGUGAGCUGUCGUCGUCGUCGUCUUCUUCUCCCUCCCCGCCGCCUCCUCCUCCGUCUCCGCAGUCUCCGCCCCCGGCACGGCCGCCCGGCCCGACCCGGAAGCGGCGCGGCGAGAACCAUUUUCCUUGUGAGUUCAAAGGCGGAGGCGGGCGCGGAGGUCCUGCGGGCUGGACCGCCGGGCGAGACGUUCAAGCCCUUGGUUGGAAAAAGUGUAUACAGUUCAAUUACUGCAGUAGAGUUCCUUGUGGACAAACAGUUGGAUUUCAUAACUGAAGAUAGUGCCUUUCAGCCCUAUCAGGUCCGUACUCCUUAAAUGGUUAUAGGGUGAGAGUGUACAGACAGGAUUCUGCCACCCAGUGGUUCACUGGCAUCAUCACUCACCAUGAUCUCUUCACCCGCACUAUGGUGGUUAUGAAUGACCAGGUGUUAGAACCUCAGAAUGUUGAUCCUUCUAUGGUUCAGAUGACCUUUCUAGAUGAUGUUGUUCACUCUUUGUUGAAAGGUGAAAAUAUUGGCAUCACUUCACGCCGGCGGUCUCGUUCCAACCAGAACAGCAACACAGUUCAUGGUCAUUAUACACGUGCACAAGCAAAUAGUCCCAGACCAGCAAUGAAUUCCCAAACUGCAGCACCAAGACAGAACUCUCACCAGCAACAGAGGAAUACUCGACCAAAUAAGAGGAAAGGCUCUGAUAGCAGCAUGCCUGAUGAAGAGAAGAUAAAGGAUGAAAGAUAUGAUUAUAUAGGUCGAGGAGAAAAUCCCAAAACCAAAAAUAAACACUUUCUUAAUAAAAGAAGAAAACCUGAACAGGAUGAAAAAAAAAUAAGUAUGAAGAGACUGCGGACAGACAAUAUCUCAGAUUAUUCUGAGAGCAGUGACUCGGAGAUUUCAAAUAAAAGAAUAACAGAUUCAUCCUCAGAGCAAAAUUCAGAAAAUGAGUUAAAAAGCAAGAACUCCUCAAAGAUAAAUGGAGAAGGAAAAUCCCAAACUACCGAAGGAGUGGAACAGACACUAACAGAUAGACAGUCUCCAUGGGAUGAAUUACAGCAGGAUAAAAACCAUGAAGAGACAGAAAAACUAAAGUCAUCAGUCAUGGAUCAUCAGGAAAAGUCUUCACUCCAUGCAGCGGAGCAACCAACACUUUAUGAGCAGAAUGCCAAGGAUCCACCUGUUCAAGAGUGUAAUACAGAAAAACAUCAUACUAUGGAGUUAAAAAAUGAGCAGUUUUUACCCAGAUCUCCUACUCCUAAGUGUGUUGUUGAUGUUACUAAUAAAAACAACUCUGAAAAGGAGAAUCAGGAUAAUGCUGCAAGUACCUUUGGUUUGCAAACAGUUCAGAAAAUAGAAUCUCACAGCAGUGAUUUAAAGCAGCAAUUUGCAAAUGCAAAUUUCCUUGAAGCAAGAAAACAGGAAGCUGAUCGAAGUUGGGUUAACAGUGUUGGUAAAACGGAUUUGGUACAACCUGGGGUUGUAAAACCAUUACCAGUGAAUGAACACUUAAACUCUGAAAAAGUGCAGUAUGGCUCAUUUAUGUCUUUGUUAAAUGUAGCUUCUCUAGCAGAAGAAAGUAAACUGCGUAAACAAAGUCCAGUCCCCGAUUCUGUGAAGUCAAAAUCUAGUGCUUCAGUUGAUCAUCCUAAAACAAAGUCACCUGAUGCUAAGCCUAAAUUCACCCAAUCUUCUGAUACUGUGAAGUCAAAGGUUAGUUCCCAAAACAGCCAUACUACUGGAAUAACAAGGUCAGCCAGUAAAACUGAUCAUGAUUUGCCUAGGUCUAGUUUUCAUCCAGUUCCAGCUAGAGUUAGUGCUCUAGAAGCCACUAAGAGUCCUCUUAUCAUUGACAAGAAUGAACAUUUCACAGUAUACAGGGACCCCACUCUGAUUGGACAAGAAACAGGAACUAAUCACAUUACACCUUACUUGCAUCAGCAUAAUUAUCCUCUGCAUUCCUCAUCUCACCGAUCCUGUUUAAAUCCAAAUGCACAUCAUCCUGCAUUAACUGGUUCAUCCCAUCUGCUCGCUGGGUCUUCAGCUCAGGCUCCCUUGUCUGCUAUUAACACUCACCCUCUUAGUAGUGCAUCUCACCAUUCUGUUCAUCACCCUCAUCUACUUCCUGCAGUGUUGCCCGGAGUGCCUGCUGCCUCCUUGCUGGGUGCCCACCCUCGACUAGAGACUGCUCAUGCUAGCAGCUUAAGCCAUUUGGCAUUAGCGCACCAGCAGCAGCAACAGAUGUUACAACACCAGUCUCCACAUCUUCUCGGACAAGCUCAUCCUUCUGCUUCCUAUAAUCAGCUAGGGCUUUAUCCAAUUAUUUGGCAGUAUCCAAAUGGAACACAUGCUUACUCAGGACUUGGUCUGCCCUCCUCCAAAUGGGUCCACCCAGAAACUGCUGUUAAUGCGGAGGCUUCCUUGAGAAGGAAUACUCCCAGCCCCUGGUUACACCAGCCCACCCCAGUGACCUCAGCUGACAGCCUUGGUUUACGGAGUCACGUUCCUGUGCGACCAUCCAGCGCAGAUCCCCUUCGGCCUCUCAAACUGACAACGCAUUCCAGCCCACCGUUGUCCAAAAGCAUUGUAGAGCAUCGCAAAGAAGAACUGGAGAGGAAAGCUUUUGUUGAGCCUCUGCGUUCUGUUACCACUGCAGCAGUGAAGAGUGAGCUGGAGCAGAGCAGAACGCAGGCAGCAAAGGAGAGCCAUAUGCACAGACAUUAUGCAGAUCCAAUGUUGAACCAGCUGCCAAGGCCACCACAGGAGUCUGGGGAGCGACUGAGCAAAUACAAAGAAGAGCACAGACGCAUACUCCAAGAAAGUAUUGAAGUUGCUCCAUUUACAGCUAAAAUAAAGGCACUGGAGGGAGAGAGAGAGAACUACUCCAGGGUAACAUCUUUAUCUUCAAGUCCCAAAAGCCAUUCAGUGAAAUAUGACAAAGAUGAUGAACGCUCUGUGUCAGAACUGUAUAAAAUUAAGCAUUCAGUUCCACAGAGUUUGCCACAGAGUAAUUAUUUCACUACCUUGUCUAACAGUGUAGUAAAUGAACCACCAAGAUCAUACCCGUCAAAGGAAGUUUCAGGUGUACAUGUUGAUAAGCAAACUAAUUGUCCUUCAACAGCAGCUAGUCCUCAGGCUAUCCCCUCCUACAUUUCUUCCCUUUCAAAACCGCCACCUUUAAUUAAGCACCAACCAGAGAGCGAAGCCUCUGCAAGCAAGAUUCCUGAACAGCUUUCACAGUCAGUGCAGUCUCACUCUGUAAAUUCUUUCAGAAGUGACAGCAGGAGCCCUACUCAGUUGUCAGUCUCAUCUUCAAAUACACUCCGGAAUAUGCCUGCCUUGCAUAGGGCCCCUGUGUUUCACCCUCCUGUACACCAGAACCUGGAGAAGAAGGAGAGCAGCUAUAGCAGCCUUUCACCUCCAACUCUAACCCCCGUUCAACCUGUUAAUGCUGGUGGUGGCAAAAUACAGGAGUUGCAGAAACCGCCAACUUUAGUACCUGAGCCCAAGGAAGCCCAAACUGGUUACAAGGGCACUUCUGAGCAGAAUUUAUCAGAAAUGUGGAAGUCUAAUAAUGCCCCCAAUAAUGAAAAAGUGGAUUGGCACAGCGAAAGAAUGAGUGGAAAGUCGCAGUCCGCUACAGCAUCUGUUAUUGUGCGUCCUCCUUCUAGCACAAAAUAUGAGAAUGUACCAGUAAUGCAGUCUGCUUCGAAAGAUCGAGUUAGUGAGAGAUCUUCAGCUGUGACAAAUCUAGCAGAUUGCCUGAAAAUGGCGGAAGCCAGGGAGACUGGAAGAAUCAUACUGCCAAAUAUGAACUCAGACAGUUCUCGCACACAAUAUGAAAAGAGAUUUGCAGCUGUCUCGCAAGGCAGCAUUCCUCGUGCUGUCACCCCUACCACAACAAUCAUCUGUAGCACCAAAACGGAUGUCACUGCAUCAGCGGCAAUGAUGACCAGCAUGUCGAGCCAGGGGAGCUCUGAAGUGACUUACUCGGUCUCAAGUGCAGUGCCUUGCCCUCUGCUGGAGUGCACGGCCCCAAGAGUGGCCGGCCAGGCGGUGGCGCAACCCCAGGAGUGCAAGGUCAACCCUCCGGCUCCGGUUACAUCCGCUGCUGGCAGCGUCGCUCAGCCCAGCUCGGGAUUCUCCACCUCUACCGACUUUGUCCAUUUGAAAAAGCACAAGGCAGCGUUGGCUGCAGCUCAGUUUAAAAGUAGUAGCACCACUGAGACAGAGUCCAACUCUGUGAAAAAUCAGACAUUUUCAACCUCUCUCUCCCUAGACAGUGCUAUCGUCUGUAAUACAAUAAACAAAGCGAACUCUGUAGGCACUGGGCAGACUUCCCAGACAAGUCAGCCAAACUACCACACUAAACUGAAAAAGGCUUGGCUAACAAGGCAUUCAGAGGAAGAUAAAAACACUAAUAAAAAAGAGAGUUCGGCGAGCAGUGUUUCAGAAAUUAUUAAGCCAUGUACUGUCAAUUUAAUAGCUUCUACAUCAAAUGAUUUGCAAAAUAACUUAGAUAGCAAAAUCUUGGCAGAUAAGUUUGUAAAGGAAGAUAAGCACCCAAGGAGAAAAGGAAAACGAACUUACGACUCUGGCUCUGAAAGUGGUGACUCUGAUGAAAGCGAGAGCAAGUCAGAGCAAAGGACUAAACGGCAACCCAAGCCAACUUACAAAAAGAAACAAAAUGAUUUGCAGAAAAAAAAGGGUGAUGCUGAGGAAGAAAUGAGACCAAAUGGUGUUCUUAGCAGGAGCGCCAAAGAAAAAAGCAAGCUGAAGUUACAGAGCGGCAGUAACAGCACUGGUAUACCUCGCUCAGUGUUAAAAGACUGGCGCAAAGUUAAGAAGCUGAAGCAAACGGGAGAGUCCUUUUUGCAGGAUGAUUCUUGUUCUGAAAUAGGACCAAAUUUGCAAAAAUGCAGAGAAUGUAGGUUAAUAAGAAGUAAGAAAGGAGAAGAGCCAACUCAUUCACCAGUAUUUUGUAGAUUUUACUACUUUCGGCGGUUGUCUUUUAGUAAGAACGGCGUGGUUAGGAUAGAUGGUUUCUCCUCUCCUGAUCAAUAUGAUGAUGAAGCACUGAGUUUAUGGACACAUGAAAACUAUGAAGAUGAUGAACUGGACCUAGAAACUUCUAAAUACAUUCUAGAUAUCAUAGGGGAUAAAUUUUGUCAGUUGGUAACGUCUGAGAAAACAGCCAUGUCCUGGGUGAAAAAAGACGCCAAAAUUGCAUGGAAGAGAGCAGUGAGAGGAGUCCGUGAAAUGUGUGAUGCAUGUGAAGCCACAUUAUUUAACAUUCAUUGGGUCUGCCAAAAAUGUGGAUUUGUGGUCUGCCUAGAUUGUUACAAAGCAAAGGAAAGGAAAAGUUCUAGAGAUAAGGAGUUGUAUGCCUGGAUGAAGUGUGUGAAGGGGCAGCCUCAUGAUCACAAGCACCUGAUGCCAACACAGAUUAUUCCAGGCUCUGUUUUGACAGAUCUUUUAGAUGCUAUGCACAAUAUUAGAGAAAAAUUUGAAAUUAAAUCCCAUUGUCAGUGUACCACCAAGCAGAUCACACAAGCUGGCAAGCUCCCUGCAAUGAAUGGUGUGUCUCAGGUUUUGCAGAAUGUCCUUAACCACAGUAAUAAAAUUUCUCUGUGUAUGCCUGAGUCUCAACAGCAGAAUACUCCUCAAAAGUCUGAGACAAAUGGUAACACAAGUCCAAGAAGUGAUGUGAGCACAGACAGCAAGUUAACACCACCUGAAUCCCAGUCCCCACUGCAUUGGCUGGCUGAUCUUGCAGAGCAAAAAGCCAGAGAAGAAAAAAAAGAGAACAAAGAAUGUCCUUCUGGAAAACAUUCAAAGGAAGGGAAAGACCAGGAUAAUUUGGAGUCCCCAAACUGUAAAAGUUCUCCUCCUGCGUCCCAGAACAACGAGCAGGGCUCGACUUUACGAGAUCUGUUAACUACAACAGCAGGCAAACUGCGUCUGGGUUCUACAGAUGCUGGCAUUGCUUUUGCUCCAGUUUACUCUACAGGAACAGCAAGUGGAAAGAGUGGAAGGACUAUGCCAAACAUUCUUGAUGACAUAAUUGCUUCAGUAGUAGAAAACAAGAUUCCGCCAAAUAGAGCACCAAAGAUAAAUGUAAAAUCUGAAAUAAAAGAUGAGCCAAAGGAUGAUAAGAAAUGUAUUCAGGAUGACUGCAGUAAACGGUACAGUGAUAUCCAGUAUUCGUGGAUCUGUGAUAAGCAUGUUCUGUGGCUCAGAGACCAUAAAAACAGCAACAACUGGAAGCUCUUCAAAGAGUGCUGGAAACAAGGAAGGCCCGUUUUGGUGUCUGGUAUGCAUAAGAAAAUGAACUUCAGCCUGUGGAAAGCUGAGUCAAUCAGUCUGGAUUUUGGAAACCAGCAAGCCGAUAUCUUGAAUUGCAAGGACAGUAUUAUUUCAAACACCAAUGUCAAGGAGUUCUGGGAUGGUUUUGAAGAUGUUUCAAAACGGCAAAAAGUAAAAAAUGGAGAAACACCUCUACUAAAACUGAAAGACUGGCCUUCUGGUGAAGAUUUCAAGACCAUGAUGCCAGCAAGGUAUGAGGACUUACUAAAAAGUUUACCCUUGCCUGAAUAUUGUAGUCCAGAAGGAAAACUAAACUUGGCUUCCCAUCUGCCAGGAUUUUUUGUCCGCCCAGAUUUGGGGCCCAGGCUAUGCAGCGCAUAUGGUGUGGCUGCUACUAAAGACCAUGACAUAGGAACCACAAAUCUCCAUAUUGAAGUUUCUGAUGUUGUGAACAUCCUUGUUUAUGUUGGCAUAGCCAAAGGAAAUGGAGUACUUUCUAAAUCAGGAGUUUUGAAGAAGUUGGAAGAGGAAGAUUUGGAUGACCUUUUAAGGAAGCGGUUGAAAGAUUCAAGUGAAUUACCUGGUGCUUUAUGGCACAUUUAUGCUGGCAAAGAUGCUGACAAGAUAAGAGAGUUUCUGCAAAAGAUAGCAAAGGAGCAAGGCCUAGACGUUUUACCAGAGCACGAUCCAAUCCGAGAUCAGAGCUGGUAUGUGAAUAAAAAACUUCGCCAAAGACUUCUUGAAGAAUAUGGAGUAAAAACCUGCACGGUUAUUCAGUUCCUUGGAGAUGCUAUUAUUCUACCAGCAGGAGCACUUCAUCAGGUGCAAAACUUUCACAGCUGUGUUCAAGUAACAGAAGACUUUGUGUCUCCAGAACAUCUUGUACAGUCAUUUCACUUAACGCAGGAGCUGAGGCUGUCAAAGGAAGAAAUCAAUUACGAUGAUAAACUGCAGGUCAAAAAUAUUUUGUAUCACGCAGUUAAAGAAAUGGUGAGAGCUUUGAAGAUUCACGAAGGUGAAGUGGAAGAUACGGAUGAGAACUGAGCCCACUCUGCUUUUUGGAGGUAGCAUCACCCAGAGGUUAUUUCACCUGAUCUGUGAAUGGUAUACACACUAAUUUAAGCUUCACAAACCAUCAGUGCCAAGAAAAGUCAUCGUAUUUACUUGUUAAUGACACUGCAACGGGGUAGAGCUUCAUAUCACAGCUGCUGUGAUUCCAUGUUCCAUCCACUUGCAAACAGUUGAGCAGCAUUCUGCUGUCUGUAUUAUAAUGUACAUGAAGUUUGUGAAAUGUCAAAGAUUUAAGAUGAUGUAUUUAUUUUUGGAAAAAACAACAAAAUUCUAUGCUAUAUUGUUGAUCAAAUGUAAAUGUGAUUGUACAGUUUGCUAAAAUAAUUCAGAUCUUUUUCACUUCAUUGAGACACUUACUGUGAGAGUAAGACACAAACACCAGCUAUUGCCUGCAUUUGGGAUCUUGCUGAGUCCGCACAGCAGUCAUGUCAUAAUAUGAAAAUUACUGCCAAAUAAUUGUAAACUUUGUAAAAUAUAAAGUAUAUAAAGUAGAUGUUAAAUACAGACACUUCAGUAUUUUAUUGAAGCUCUUCAGUGUACAAUUAAACGUUUUCAAAAGGUGUAAUUUAUUUAAAAAUUGUCUCAUUUUGGUAAAAUUUAUGUGAACUUUUAAAGCUUAAAUAUUAAACUUAAUAUGCUAUGUAAAUAUAUACAUAUAUACAUUCGAUGAUGUAUUUUUUUAAAACAUUGGCUUGCUUUAAUUUGUUAAAAGUGCAAGUGUUACACAUGCUUUGUACAUUGAAGUUGAAAGGGGUUUUACAUUUUCCAUUAAAAUGACUUUGUCAGAUGUCGUGGUGUGGAUUUGUUCGUUCAGCUGGCACCAGUGCUGCCAGGGCAGCCAAGUGCUGCCCUCUGCGGGCCGCGGCUGGGACUGCAAGCGCGGUGCUGGCAGGAGUCUCAACCCCUCCCCCUUUCCCUUUAGGAAUCAG